AUGGCUUACUCCCCAGGGCCCCCGUCGCCCGGCACUGGGCCCGCCUACCAUGGCGGUUUACACUCCAGAGGUCGCUCUACAAGUCCCACCGGCGGUGCUUCAGGGCCGAUUUCCAAACGCGACAAACGUCGCUCUGCACUUCAGGAGCGUCUGCAUGACUUGACUGCUACCUUUAGUCAGAACCGCGACGCCCAGUUUCGCCAGCAGCUUCAUUCCCUGCAAUGCGACAUGACCCUCAUUAACAACGCCGACCCCUACCAGCCCGGCCCACUGCCCGACUCUUCCGAGGAUGUUGCGCAGCUCAUUGAAGAGACCGUGGGCGGUGGAAAGUUCGCCAAGGAGAUGGCGAGCUUGUCUGGUACUUGGUACGCCAAGUUUGUACAGGAGGUGAACAAUGUCAAAGAACAGAGGGACGCGGAUUUGGCUCAGAUUAUGGGCCGACACCAAAAUAGCCUUGAGCGACACCGCCGCGAGUACGACUUCCGCCAGCAUUUCGCCAAAGAAGAAUUCAACCAGCUGUCUUCGACCCUACGCGAGCGAUUGAUGCAGAGCAUCUCGAGCAAACGGUCGCGUCUGAUGCGCGAGAAGGAACAGCUCGAUAUUGCCGAUACCAAUGCGCUGCUGCUUCAUCCCAACCAGUUCAGCAUUACCAACCCCGCCAGUCCCGGUGGCCUUCACAGCAACCGAAAGACUCGGCACACACGGCACCGGGUGGAUCUGGAUGAGCUCGGCAAUGGAAUCGUAUCUGAGUUGAACAAGCGCAAGCGCAAGGCGCCGGAGGAGGACGUGGGUUCACCCGUGCGGGACGCGGGCGGCACGACUCCGGCCGAGCGCCAGAAACAAUAUCUGGCUCAGCAAACUGCGCCUACCUACUCGAUCCAUUCACUGUUUACGGACAAGGAGCUUAGCGCGCACGCGAACCAGGCGCACGUCGCCACCCUGCACUUCUUCUCGACGUCGAAGCGCUCAGACCAAGGUUCCGGCGCCGUGACCAACGGCAACAACACCGACGCGGAUGAAACUCCUGAAGUGACCGGGCACGAGGAUAACGGUACUCCUACGGCAGACAUGAUCCGCACCGCGAGCCAGAACUUCCACGUCACACGCUCGACUCGCGGCACGGCAGCACACAGUGCUCUUAGCGCUCUGGCCGAACUGGCCGACAAGCCCGCGGCGCGCCCCGCCCUUCCAUACCACGUCUUGUCCAACUAUCAUGCACGGCCCAACGGUAAUGCGCCCCCUCUAACCUCGCUGCUCAACGACGAGGUCGACGACGAUUGCGCGCGCUUCGAUCGUCUGCAUGGCAAGCCGCCUGGCUGGAUUGAUUCCUCUCUCAUCGAGCUGGUCGCCGCACCACUGCCUUCUGAUCCCGUUGAUGGUCAUCCGCCCAACCCCGACCACUUCAACGCCCUGCACCCAGAGUUCCCAUCCAGCAUGGGCAUGCACCUGCAACCUGCGCGACCUCAUCCUGGCCCCGAGAUGUUCCAGUCCACCGGGAUGGAACGCGAACGCAGCAGCAAGCGCACCCGGAACCACUAA